GCAGGGUGUGUGUGUGUGGUGUGUGUGUGGGGGCAUGGAUGGAGGGAGCCGCUGGACUGUGUGCGGGCGUUAGAGCUGUGUAACGGGGACAGCCAGUGCAGCUCCAGCUACAGGAUCAUGCGCCAGUGCCUGUCAGGCGGGGCGCGGGAUCGCCAGACCAUGCUGGCUGGUAGAGAGUGCCAGGGGGCCAUAGAGGUCCUACAGGACUCGUCGCUCUACGAUUGUCGCUGUAAGAGAGCCAUGAAGAAGGAAUUACAGUGUCUGCAGAACUACUGGAGUAUACACCAGGGCCUGACAGAGAGCGGGGAGGACUUCUAUGAGAUGUCACCCUAUGAGCUCCACGAAUUCUCAGAAGAGUUUAGACACGCCUCCAUCAUCUCAGAGAUGGAGCCACUGAAGAGGGAAGCAGAGUCUUUUGUACUUCAGCAAAUCAGACAGUACAGCCAUGGAGUAGCAGGACCCCAGGAAGAUGCCAACACAAUGAAUUCGGCAAGCAUCUCGAACACAGUGCUUCAGAAAUAUAGCUUCCUCACAUCGAAGAUUGUGUCUGAGAUCACUGUCCAGACGGAGAGUUAA